AUGACACUGGCGCUGCAGCAUCUGCACCGCUUUGACUAUAAUACUACUGACGCAGCAUGCUCGCUGUAUGCGAGACAUAGUAUUGAACUGCCGAAGUCGACUACGGGUGUGAAUCAGAGCGUGAGCAAGCCGACGCCGGCAGAGGAAGCUAAGAAGUGGCUCUUAGCCUUCUAUCGCUGCAUGAGAUGCACCGAAAUUGAUGGAAAAAUGCUGGAACAGAUGUGCGAGUUGCAUGAAAAGGCUAAGGCCAGUGGCGAUGUGAUUCCAGCGACCGAAGCGGGUGUGCUGUCGCGACUUGUGACGCGGAUAUUGACGUGGAGAGAGCAAUGUGAAUCUGUUAGCAAGGAGAAGGUGGACCGUGCUCGGCUACUGCAAUUGCUGCAUCAGGCGGAGUAUAUGCAGAUAGUCUUACCGGAAAAGGAAGCUGUCGUAUCCAGGCUACAAGCGUUCGACACUGCCCUCACGCAACUGAAGGAGGCGCUGGAACACAGCAGUAAACGCCACCAGAGCAAACGGGUGGAACUAAAUGAGCUAAUUGGUCUCUUUGAGGCAGUAAUGGCUCCGCAACUCAUCUUCCCAGAGGAGAGCAACUUCCGUGAAACAGUUGACGAAGUAAAGGAGCUCAAGGCAACGAUUGAUAAAAUGCUAGCGGAAGACAAGGUAAGUCUGCCCUUAAUACGCGAUGUGUUGGCAAAGAUCGAGCUGGUGCCAGUGAAUUUCGAGCAGGAAGUGGAGCAAUUUCAGACCAAAAUGCAAAGCGCGCAGACGUGGCUAGCAAAGGCGCGUAAAUGUAUGCCUAAUCGCCGACCAACACGGCGAGCAGGCGGUGCAGACCCAAAGAAAAUGGAUCUGGAGACGAUUCGCGCGCUUGUGGACGACGCGCCGUGUGAAAAUAGUUCCGAGAUGUUUGAAAUGCAGGAUUUACUGGAGUGUGCAGACGUGUGGGCUGUUAAAGUGAAAGAGGCGAUAGAUGGUGGGGCUGAUGUGACUCUCGAGCAGUUGAAAGAACUCCUGGAGGAGGCAAAAGACAUUCCUGUGGUCAUGGAUGAGCAGAAAUUCCUGGAGGCUGAAAUUGAUGCACGUGAAUGGUGCACAACCGCCGCGUCGAAGCUGGCGUCCCGUACGUCUAUCGAGGAAAUGGAGGAUUUGCUUACACAGGCAAAGACUAUUCGGGAACGCAUUUACCCGAAGAAACAGUCACGUUGGAAGCCACAGGUGGAGCGCGAUAUCAAUGCAGCCAUGGACCAGUCUCGCAAGUGGAUCAAUGAGCUUCGUGACAAUCUUGGCGUUGCAGCGUUUGAUAAGCUGUUUGCCUCGCUGUCGUCUUAUUUUCCUUCUUCACACUCGUCCAGAUCAUCGUCCUCUACGGCAAGUAUCGAUAGAUCAAAAAAGAAGACAAUGGAUGCGAUUAGCAAGUUGGUCGAGAAGUCACAGGCACUUGCGAUUGAUGUGUCUUCCUACACUACACCGCUGAACGAUCUGCUUCUGAAGGGGGUUGAAGCGCAAGCUGAAGCGAGCGCUAUUUUAAUGAGUAUUGGUUGUUUGUCGGGAACGAUUGCGAACAAUCUAGAUGAAUCGAGCAUGGAAAUUGACUCGAUGCCGCGAGAACUGGGCGAUUUGGCGCAGGCGUCGGCUUUACUCGAGAAGAUUGAUUCAUUCCCGUUUACGUUUGAAGAGGGGCUAAGUCUCGCCAGUAUCGUUGAAGGUGAGAAGGAGUGGGCAGCGCGUGUUCGUGAAUGUAUCCCCCCGCGACAAUCGAGGAAGAAGCGUCUAGCGAAUGACUCGUUCACGACGGAACAGCUUCACGAGUUGUUGAAUGAGUCGAAGAGACUGCGCUUUCUGUUUCGCAAUGAGCUGCGCAUUCUUUCGAAAGAGCUUCAUGAUCUGACAGCAUGGCGCGCGAAGGCGCAAGAAGUGAUCAAUGGUGAAGUGAGCGUGUCUGUGGCAAGUGUAGUGGAGCGCCUUCAAUCGUUCGAUUUGAUGAUUUACGAGAAACUACAGAAGGCCAAAAAGAAACUUCACAUUGGCGAUGUGAGUCCGGCCGCUGCAGAUAAUGAGAGUACCGAAAGUCGGGACGUGGAUAUGUCAUCAACGCCGUUAAAUGAUGAAUCCAAAGAGGUAAAAAAAGAAGAAGAGAGCGAAUUCUCUGCAAUGGAAGUUGAUGCUGCGGGAUCGAGCGAUUAUGUAGCACCAAUGGAAGUCAGUGAACAAAAUUCCAAGCCAGAUUCCAAACCGGAGGUUGUAUCUCCUGGGAAUAAGCUCACUAGCGCCGAGACUGGAGUGCAGGCAGAAGCAGCAGCAGACACGAAGCCUACCAACGCGAAUGGUGUUGCGGCUGUGAGCAUGCCAGCGUUAGAGAUUCAUGCUGAUGCAAUCAUGACACAUGUUCGAAUUGAGAGUGGGUGUAUGCAGAAAUCAAUUGCAAAGAAGGAGGAGGACGAUCCCGACGACUCAAAGACGUCUUGGAUGGCGAAGAACGGACGGGAUCUUCUAGAACCGGUCCUAGCUAUGGCGGAGGAGAGUUUUGAAACUGUGAACAGCUUGGACUUGAAAGAAGCUGAAGCCCGACAGACCGUCGAAGAGCUUGUUCUAGCAGGAGAAAAGGGCGACAUUACGGAGAAUAUUACUGACGAGUCUGUACGCGUCUUGGAUGGAUGGAAGCAGCAGCUUUUGCAAGUGCAAAAGGAGAGUGACGUACUCAGUGUGGAAGCCCCAGAGCAGAAGGUCAUUGCUCUUAUCAUAUCGUUGCUGGAGUGGCUGCAAGGAUCUCGAUCUCUUUUCUACGAUGAGAUUCUUCCUCUCCAAGAUCUUGUUGCUAAGGGUGACAACAUAACGGAGAGCCUUGAGGAGAUUAAGACCCUUGAUGUGGUAAAACCUGCAACUCUGGCGACAUUAGAGCGGAUGCUGUGGCCACUUUCGUACUUGAAAACCCACGAGAAGGUGGUUUUAGAGUGGACAGAGCGUGUGCACAAGUGCAUAGCCGACAAGCACGCUCGUGUAAACGAACUCCAGGCGUUGCUUGACAAUGGAAGUGGACUACUGUUGGAGCAAGGCGCCUUCAAGAUUGUGAUGGAUGAAGCUAAGAAAGCACGAGUGUGGCUCUCCAAACUAAAGAAGCGCUUGAGAGCUCUGAUAACGAAGGGGGUUGGGAGAAUGAGCAUGAGUGCUGCCCGUUCGUUGGUGGAGGAAGGCGAGGACAUCGCAAUUGACAUGCCUGUGUUUGACUUCCUGAAGGAGCACCUGGAGAUUGCAAGCGAUUGGGAGAGUCGCGUGCUGGCGUCCGGAAUCGAAUCAGGACAGGCACGAGUUGCGAAUUUACUGGCACUGCUUAAUGAGUACGAGUGCGCCCGACUGGUGAUUGACCUCGACAUGCAUCGCGAUGUGCUGAAGUCCGCCACGGAGCGCUAUUGUAUUUGUCGUCAGCCUUUUGACGGGUUAAUGAUCGGCUGUGAUCAUUGCGAUGAUUGGUUCCACGACAGUUGCAUUGGUAUGUCAAAGGAAAAGGCUGAGAAGGUAGAGCACUACACGUGUCCGUCCUGUACCAUUUUACAGGAGCUUGGAUCAAUGCUGCAACAUGCGAAGGCAACGGAAAAGCAAAGCAACAUGUGGGAUAUGCAGGAGUAUGCGAGGGCUUUCGAGAAGCAUCAGGCCAGUGCAUUGCGCAAGGUUAAACGUGAGGAAAAAACGGUCGAGCGCACUGAUAUGCUGCUGUUUAGCUGCAACAAUCAGAUGAACCAGCUUCGCGCUCGAAUUGACGACAUCGAACGUGCAAAGGCUUGUUUAUCUAUUAAAUCGGUAGCAGGGAGUGGCGCCCUUGGACAGCAGCAAGCACUGAAUCAGGCGCAAGUAAAGCCUUCAACUGUUCAGCCUUCCGCGACGAUGUCAAUGCCAGAAGCAGCUCCUGUAAAAGCAGAAACGUCUACCAUUACCAACGUCGCGGCCCCCACCAGUAGCGUUGAUACCAAUGCUCUCCUCCUCGCUGCUGCUGCAAGUGCUUCAAGUAGCAGUGUCAGUACAGCUACAUCAAGCGCAGCAGCAGCUUCGACGCUGGCAGGUAUAAAUGCGACAGCGUUGAAUCGUCCACAGUAUCCAAGCAUCCUGAUUCCUCCCAUGCGUGCAGUUAACAAUAUUUUAAAGAGCGCACCGAAGGUAGAGCUCGUUACCAAGCCAGUAACGACGACCAGUGAAGGUGGUGCAGCAAGUGCUAAUGGAGUGAAGAGUUCAAGCGACCUGCCCAACAGCUCCUCGACGUCUACUACUUCAACAGUACCGUCGACUGUCUCGGCAAGUACUAGCUCAACCCCACAGCCAACGGCAGCUGUCUCGACUACUUCGACCACAACUGCGGCCUCGGUUAUGACUACGACUGCUACAAGCAAGCCUACUUCGAGCACGGCUGCUACCACACCUGCUUCAACGUCUGGAGUACAUCAGGUCCCGACGCCGCAGUUAUUAAAUCCGAUGGCUGCCACGUUGAUGGGGAGCACAGAACGAUUAGCAGCGCUAGUGGUUGCAGGUGGGGUGGAACAGCAACUCGCAAAGAUGAAGAGUGAGCACGUCGACGCAAGCAAGCAGGUGCUAGAGCUUCAAAGUUCGUUGCGUCUUAGUCGCGAGCGUCUGGCGAACGCGCAGCAAUCUCUUCGUGAACUGUCCGACGUAUUCCACGCUCGGCAUCGUAUGCUACCGUAUGCUCAAGCCUGGGUGAGGCAAGCCGUGACGUUGCUGAACACUACAGCAAACUUAUCACGUGCGAACAUCGACUUCUCGACGUUCCUCCCGCGAGGAUUUGCAACAGCGCUCUCUGAAAUGGAACAUCCGCCAGCACCAGCCUCGAGUACAACAGCUGAAUCAGAAUCUGUGGGCAUUGACAAGCUGUUCCCUGGCGUGGAUAUGUAUGCCCGCUUGCUGCGUACCGUAUCGUGGAGCCAAGUGGUGGUGUCUUUAUUGCAAGAGCGGCCGUCACGCUGCGAACUUAGUGAUGCUAUUGCGUACGCCUUGGAGUACGGUCUGUGGGAGGACAAAAAGACUGUGGCACCGCUUCGCAGCUUGAUUGGUCGCGUGGACGCGUGGGUCUCUCGCGCACAUAAAUGCAUGACGAAAAGCGCGAGUAAAACGCAGCAGUUGUCGCGAUUGAAGGUGUUGAUGAACGAGUACUCGAAGCUCCCGUUGACGUACGCGAAAACUGCAGAACCUUUAGAUGUCUAUGUGAAGCUGUUAACGGGUGGUGGAGUUAAGAGUAAGAUUAAGGACGAAGGUGAAGCGCUCACUACGGAAGCUGCAGAAGCGGCCGCUGUUAAGGCUUUGGAUGAAGCGAUGGUAGGGCUUUCUCCUUCCGUGACGUCUGCUGCGAUUGCCUCAGGUACCAGUGCGACGAAAAAGCAGGCACCACGUAAGAGGAAGGCGUACACACGAAAAGAUAAAGCCCCCGUUCGAUCGACUAAGAAAGCGAAGAAGCCACAAGGUGCGUCUGCUGUUGCAAGUUCGGCUCCGUCGUCGACCAAUUCCGCUACAAAAGUAACAGCACAGCCGACGACUAGAGCGGCUCAGGCUGGCAGUAGCGCUUCAACAUGA